GGCUCCCGGGGCGCAGAGAGGGGCUACCGCCAGCGCCGCCGCCGCCGCUGCCGAUUAGCGUUCCCCUGCUGCUCCCCUCCAUGUGCCCGGGCGCCGCCACUCCCCUUCCUCAGGCCGCCGCUUGCCCCGGGGUCUAUGGAAGUAAUGGAAGGACCUCUCAACUUGGCUCAUCAACAGAGCAGAAGAGCAGACCGUUUAUUAGCUACAGGGAAAUACGAAGAGGCUAUUUCUUGUCACAAGAAAGCUGCAGCAUAUCUUUCUGAAGCCAUGAAGCUGACCCAGUCUGAGAAGGCUCAUUUAUCACUGGAAUUGCAAAGGGAUAGCCACAUGAAACAGCUCCUCCUCAUCCAGGAGAGGUGGAAAAGGGCAAAGCGUGAGGAAAGAUUGAAAGCCCAGCAGAACACAGACAAGGAUGUAGCUACCCAUCUUCAGGCAUCUCACAAACCCUCUGCUGAGGAUGCAGAGGGUCAGAGUCCCCAUCUUACUCAGAAGUACAGCCCUUCCACAGAGAAGCAUCUGCCUGAAAUUCAGGGAGUCUUUGACAGGGAUCCAGACACACUACUAUUUUUACUUCAGCAAAAGAGUGAGCCAACAGAGGCAUGCAUUGGAAGCAAAGCCCCAAAAGAUGAUAAAACGAUUAUAGAGGAGCAGGCAACCAAAAUUGCAGAUUUGAAGAGGCAUGUGGAAUUCCUUGUGGCUGAGAAUGAAAGAUUAAGGAAAGAAAAUAAACAGUUAAAAGUUGAAAGGGCCAGACUUCUAAAAGGUCCAGUAGACAAGGAGCUUGAUGUAGAUACUGAUUUUGUAGAAAAAUCAGAGCUUUGGAGCUUGCCACCACAUUCAGAAACUGCUACAGCCUCUUCAACCUGGCAGAAAUUUGCAGCAAAUACUGGGAAAGCCAAGGACAUUCCAAUACCCAAUCUUCCUCCCUUGGAUUUUCCAUCUCCAGAACUUCCCCUUAUGGAGCUCUCUGAGGACAUGCUCAAAGGACUUAUGAAUAAUUAAAAUGGA